AUGUCCCAAUGGUUGUCACCAGCAGGUCAUUUUCCUCCACCACAGCCACCAUACUCGACUUUUCAGGGGCCGCCACCUGUUCCUUCCAAUCAAUAUUUGCCUUCAUAUCAAAGACCCUCUUUACCUCCGCCAUCACAGGCACCCUCGUUAGAUGAUCUAUCUUUAGCGUUUGACAAUCUUGCAAUGGCGUUAAGAUUGACAGCAGGUCCGCAAGAAAUUGAUGAUUUUCAAGUAACACUAGGGAUGCUUAUGCAUGACUGCUCACAAUCAAAUAUUCAACGAGGCAAAACUUGGAUAUUCAACCAUUGUUCUUCACCAACUCAUUACGAGGUUUUAUUAAGAUUUUUAAUUGCACUUUCAAGAUCUCGGACUAUGUUUGAAGAUAAAUUACACUUGAUAUAUUUGAUUAAUGAUGUACUAUUCCAUAGUGAGCGUCGUCAAGAACCUUGGAUAAAAGAAGCAUUGCAUCCAAAUUUGCUUGCGUUACUUCGUUCUGCUUUCCAAUUCAUAGAUGCUAAUGAAAAACAGCAAGAAAAAGUUCUUAAAAUUAUAUCUAUAUGGGGCGAUAAACAUUACUUUGAUGAUAUUAAAAUUAAUGCUUUGAAGUCUGGUGUUAUGGUUCCUCCUCCGCCUCCCGGUGGCCCGCCAUCGGUCACAUUUCCUGGGAUGGUACCUCCAGGACAUCCCGCUUUUGGGCAUAUUCGUUAUCAAAAUCCUCAGAAUGUUUCACCUUUUUAUAAUCAGGGUGCACCGCCCCCACCAAAUAUGUUUCCUGGAGCCCAUUCGCCAGCACAGUCAAUUAUUUCAUCAAGUACUCACCUGUCUCCACCAAUCGCUCAUGGUCAUUUGAGGCCUAACUCUGAACCAGCACCACCUGGUAUCCCUGGUCAGUUUCCUUCCGGUCCUUCACCACCGGACAUGUCAAUGCAAGCAAUAGGACCAAGGCCUAACGUAUCUGUUACACCACCAAUACCUGCUGUACCGGAAAAAAAAUAUUAUGAACUACCGGCAGGAUUAAUGGUACCAGCUGUUUCGCCUGAGGAACCGCCAUAUACGCCAAUUCACGCUUCUUCUAUUAGACUUCCACCACACCGACUUCCACCAACACCAGAGUUACUUGAAGCAAUGACUAUUACAAAGAUUUACAGAUUCGCCGCGCAGCAGCAGCAGCAAGGGCUGCUGCUGCUGGAAGAUAUUAUAACCGAUCAUCCUAUCGGCGCAAAAGAGAUGACCGUGGACGUCGUUGGUCAAGAGAUAAAAGUUAUUCAAGAUCCAGGUCGCGUUCAUGGUCUUCAUCAAGAUCUUAUUCAAGAAGAAGAAGACAUUAUAGUUAUUCUGAUUCAUCAGGUAGUAGUCGUAGUCGCUCGAGGGGUCGCAAGCGUCAUAGACGCAGCAGUAGAAGUCAUAGUCAUUCAAGAUCAAGCUCUAGGCGUCGAUAUAAGAGUCAUAGUAGGACAAGACAUGAUUGGAGGAGAACGAAAUCAGGAACAUUAA